AUGCGACAUGGUGAAGACACUCGGCACAUAUCUCACCAGGUGAAGACACCAGUACCUGUGGACAUCUCACCAUGUCAAGACACCUCUGUACCUGUGGACAUCUCAACAGGUCAAGACACUUCAGUACCUGUGGACAUCUCACCAUGUCAAGACAUCUCAGUACGUUUAGACAUCUCACCAUGUCAAGACACCUCAGUACCUGUGGACAUCUCAACAGGUCAAGAUGCCUCAGUACCUGUGGACAUCUCAACAGGUCAAGACACCUCAGUACCUGUGGACAUCUCAACAGGUCAAGACACCUCAGUACAUGCGGACAUCUCAACAGAUCAUGACACUUCAGUACCUGUGGACGUCUCAACAGAUCAAGACACUUCAGUACCUCUGGACAUCUCACCAUGUCAAGACAUCUCAGUACCUUUAGACAUCUCACCAUGUCAAGACACCUCAGUACAUGCGGACAUCUCAACAGGUCAAGAUGCCUCAUUGCCUGUGGACAUCUCAACAGAUCAUGACACUUCAGUACCUAUGGACAUCUCAACAGAUCAAGACACUUCAGUACCUGUGGACAUCUCACCAGGUCAAGACACCUUAGUACCUGUGGACAUCUCACCAGAUCAAGACACCUCAGUACCUGUGGACAUCUCACCAGGUCAAGACUCUUCAGUAACUGUGGACAUCUCACCAGGUCAAGACACCUCAGUACCUGUGGACAUCUCACCAGGUCAAGACUCUUCAGUAACUGUGGACAUCUCACCAGGUCAAGACACUUCAGUACUUGUGGACAUCUCACCAAGUCAAGACACCUCAUUGCCUUUGGACAUCUCACCAAGUAAAGACACCUCAGUACCUUUGGACAUCUCACCAAGUCAAGACAUCUCAUUACCUGUGGACAUCUCACUAAGUCAAGACACCUUAGUACCUGUGGACAUCUCACCAGAUCAAGACACCUCAGUACCUGUGGACAUCUCACCAGGUCAGGACUCUUCAGUAACUGUGGACAUCUCACCAGGUCAAGACACCUCAGUACUUGUGGACAUCUCACCAAGUCAAGACACCUCAGUACCUUUGGACAUCUCAUCUAGUCAAGACACCUCAGUACCUGUGGACAUCUCACCAAGUCAAGGCACCACAGUACCUGUGGACAUAUUAACAGGUCAAGGCACUUCGGUAUCUGUGGACGUCUCACAUGGUCAAGACACCUCUGUACCUGUGGACCUCUCAACAGGUCAAGACACCUCUGUACUUGUGGACAGCUCACCUAGGCGGGACACCUCAGUGUUUUUGGAUGUCUCACCAAAAGUGGCUUAUCAUGACGAUUUAUCAGCAGCCACCCGUGACCGUAGUGGCAGGCGUGAGGACACGACAGAACUUGAGCCUGCAUCAACCAGAAACACCUCUGGCGGUAACCGCAAAAUAUCACGAGGUGAUGACAGAUCGCAAAGUAAGCAAGCUUCACUAGGCAGGGGCAGUGUGCCAGUUGAGGACAUGCCGCGAAGUAAGCAAGCUUCACGAGGCAGAGACAGUGUGCCAGUUGAGGACAUAACGCGAAGCAAGCAAGAUUCACGAGACGGGGGCAGUGUGCCAGUUGAGGACAUAACGCGAAGCAAGCAAGAUUCACGAGGCAGGGGCAGUGUGCCAGUUGAGGACAUAACGCGAAGCAAGCAAGCUUCACGAGGCAGAGACAGUGUGCCAGUUGAGGACAUAACGCGAAGCAAGCAAGCUUCACGAGGCAGAGGCAGUGUGCCAGUUGAGGACAUAACGCGAAGCAAGCAAGCUUCACGAGGCAGAGACAGUGUGCCAGUUGAGGACAUAACGCGAAGCAAGCAAGCUUCACGAGGCAGAGACAGUGUGCAUAACAACGAUGCCAGUUGA